AUGAUUCCCUCGCUGGAGCGGUUCUCCAUUGGGCUACUGUCCGCGUGCGUCAAGCUGUUCCAAAUGGUUGGCUUCUUCACGUUCCCCAUCGGUUUCGAUGCGCGCUCCGGUUUGACCAUAGGUGACCACUGCUGGAAAGUCAAAGUGUGGUGGAUGGUGCAGCUCUGCUGCUCCCUGGCAAGUGCUGUGAUGGGACACUUCAGGUACCACCAUCUGUACGCUGGUCUGCAGGCAACCGAAGCCAUGAACAACUGCUUCAAAUACGCCAUCGGUUUGGUGACCGUUUUCGUAACCCUGGCCGACUCGUGGCGCUCUUGUGAAGCGCACCGAUCGAUAUGGACGCGCUAUCGAGGAUUGGCAAUCGAUCGUGACGCAUACCUUGGGUUGCUGAACCGACGCAAGGUGGCCCGCGUAGGCCGAUGUUACGGGGCCAUGUUCUUGGUGGUGGUCGCCACUUGCGUAAUGGUGGAGUAUCAAGUGUACUACGGAGUGGCGGCCGGCACGCAGUGGUACUGGUACUGGCUGUACAACCUGUACCCCUCGACCAUCAACCGGAUGUGUCAUAUGUUCCACCUGUUCCACAUUUGUCUGAUGGAGCGGAAUCUGCGUGAACUGGAGCGCGAGAUUCAGGCAUUGGGACAUCGUAUCGGUGAGACCGUCCUGGAUACUGGAGCGCACGCCGCGUUGUGUCUGGGAGAGCUGCGCACAGUCUACACGGAACUAUCGGACGUGAACGAGAACAUUAACGAACUGUUCGGUUGGUCCCAGGCGUUCAACAUAUCGGCCAGCUUCGUCCAGAUGGCGUUCGAUUUGUACUGGGCGUACAUGAUGGGCGAAAGAAAUGAAGACAACUUGGACGUACAAUUGUUCUGCUUUGUGCCGGCUCCCGUGAUCUUGGGGUUCCUACUCUACACGGCGAACCGCUAUCAACUUGCGCUUCAACAGACCCACAUGCGGCUGACCGCGAAGAAUAUAUUCGAUUUCGAUUUCACGCUCAUUCAGAAGUUGGAAUCGCUACCUACGUCGUCAUCUUUAUCGAAAUCACCCGCUAAAACCCUGGACGAUGGACCCACCUGA